AUGUCGAAGCGUUUCGGGCAGGUCAACGUGGGCGCCCUCAUUGGGCAGGGCGUGCGGAACUACUGGGCCGCGCCCGUGGUGUCUACUCUCGCCUACCUCCCCUACGAAUGGUACCGGCAGGUGGUGACGGACCGAUCGGUGCUGGAGCUGCACUACCCACACCUCACGGCCCCCGACGCUCCCGACAGCUGGGUGAAGAAGGCCAACGAGUACCUCAAGAUGAAGCCGGCCCAGCUGGUGGCGGCCUACCGGUGGCUGCAGGGCGUCACCGGCGACGUGCCCGAAUGGAGCUCCGAUGCCCGGCCCACGCGCGCAUCGUGA